AUGAAGCUCAACGUGCAGACCCAAGCCGACGCUUCUCAAAAGCGAAGAUCCGCGAGAUUGACGCAUGGCUCGAAGGAUGCCAAAGCGCAGAAAAAUGUCAAAAGCGCCAGGUCCAAGCCCAGCCGUGCGGCGGCCAUAAAGGCUGCUAUGCGGAUCAAGGCGGAGGCAACGCAGCGUUCCACCCGCCUCGUGAAAAGCACUAAAAUGGUAGCUAAGAAAACGGUGAAAGCUGCUGUGUCGAAACCCGCUGCCGAUCGUGCCGCCGGGAGCAAAGCAGCCAAGCCCGCCGCGGCUGCGAAAGGCAAGGGGUCCGCCAAAUCGUCGAGCGCCGUUGAAUCAUCUAAGGGUUCAAAAAAAGACGAAAAGGCGGUCAAAUCCACCACCAGCAAGACAACCAAGGCCGCUCAUGCAAAAACGGUGGCCUCAAAAACCACCAAAACUGCACCCAAGGGCGUGUCUAAGACCGUGAAGAAGGACCUCGACAAGACAGCCAAAACAUCCAAGGCCACUUCGCAGAAAACAGUGGCGAAGGAAUCGGCUGUCAAGAAAGUCAAGGAGGAGAAGAAGAGCGCGGUCGCGAGUGUGAAGACUGAGAAGGGCGCCAAGGACAAGCCGGUCAAGAAGGUUACGUUCAAGCUUGAUAAAUCGGCUAAGAAAGCGAAACCCUCCGGGAAGGUCUACAAGAAGGAAACCAAGGCGCCCGCUUCGCUCACCGUUAACGGCAAAUCUGCAGCCAAGAGCACCUCCGCUAAGGGUAAGGCCACCAAGAGCACGGCAGCUAAUAAUGCUAAGGCGGCAAAAUCGUCUAAGGCACCAAAGGGCGAGGCCGCAGCUUCGGCUGCCAAGUCGUCGCGAAAGGUGAAGAAGGAGACCAAGGCCUCUAAGGAGGAGGAGAAGAAGGGACUCAACAAGCUGUACAGCCGGCUGCUGGUCGACCACGCUAAGCCGGAUGUCGUCAAAUCGACCACCGCGCAAAUCCUGAAGCAGACGGGAAGCAGCAAAUAUCCAGUGAUGGCAAACAAGCGUCACAUUUCGCGGAUACUGCAGGCGUGUCUCAAAUACGGCGACACGCAGGUGAGGAGCGCCAUUUUCGAGAACGUCAAAAAAAACUUCACGCUCGCCAGCCUCAACGCACACAGCGCGAGGUUCUUCGUGAAGCUCUACCACUACUGCAACACCGUGGCUAAGGAUUUUCUCCGCAAGUCCUUCUUCAACGACCACAACAAGAGUUUGCUUUUCUCCAGAUAUGGAUCUGAUGUCAUGGAUGUGAUGUAUCAAAAACUGAAGAACAAGGAGCAGCUUGCAGUUUUGAGAUUAUAUGCGCUUUCGAAUUUUUUUGUGCUCGACAAGGACGCUAUGCGUAAAGUUGAGGCGACAGGGUCGAUCAACCAGUUCAUCAGCAUCAUCGACGAGAGCGAGUCCAGGGAGAGCUGCGUGGAGACGCUGAAAACCUCGGUGAUUAAAAUGAUAGACAAGGCGCAACUGACCGCUGCGCUGUCUCACGAUCUGCUCUAUAUCUACUGGAAGCUGACAGAUAACAAGGAACAACUGAUAGGACAGCUGUACAAGGUGUUCGGACAGCUGCUCUCCACGCGCAACGGCAACACCAUCAUGUGCGAUCUGUUCGGCUAUGCUGACAAGAAGAUGCGUAAAUCUAUGCUCAAGGGUUUGAGAACCGAUUUCCCGGAGGCUGUUUACAACCAAAUAAAUGUGUCGUUCUUGAUUAAAGCUAUCCUCUGCACGGACGACACCAAGCUGUCGAUCGACUGUCUACUCAGGCCAUUUCAGGACGAGUUGCAAAAAUUAGUAUCACACCAAUACGGCCAUUUAUUCGUAAAGGCGGUACUGGAAACCCCCAAGGAGGUGGAGUCUAAAACGAGCAUGAAGGAUCCGGCUGUACGACAGGCUGAGUUGCAGGCGUUCCUGCUCCCGUUGCUCGUCGAGCUAUUCGGGUCCAUCGAACUUAAGGAGGUUAUUGAGAACAAAUACGCCAGCCAAGUGCUCAUGUCCACCCUGAGGUUGUCCGGAGACGCUGAAAUCAUGCAAUCGAUAGUGGACGCAGUGCGUGCCGAUUGUGAAUUGUCACUUAUGGAAAACAUCGAUACUUUCCGAUUCAUUCAAACCUUGGUAAAAAAGCCAAGCGUACCAAUGGAGGUGCUUUGUCCGUAUGGAGCUCUCUGGCCUGCGGUGAAACCCAACGUCAAUCGCAUUCUGAGCCGCAAGUCCGUGUUCCUCUUGGUCGACAUACUCGAGGCGGCAAUGAGGAAUGCUGAUCAGCAGGUGAUUGCCGAUAUCAGGGAGACCAUACCUGUUUCUAAGCUUGAAGAAACCUGUAAGAUUCUUGAGAAAAGAAACGAGAAACACGCCGGUUUGGAUGUUUUAAUUAAGUUGUUGGACAAGUGA